AUGCUUGAUUAUUUAUUUUCAAUGAGUUUGUCAUCAUGCCGGGGUAAGCGUUCGUUUCCUUUUUUUUUUUUUCCCGACAACUGCAUCGAUAAGCGAUCAGAUCAAGCGAAGUGCCACCAUCUGGCCUUUCCACCUGGUUCCUUUUCUACAUUUGUUAUUCAUUCUUUUGCAAUCUUCUUUUCUAGUUUUUCCGUGGUUCUUUUGUCAUUCGGCCGGCCUCUUGGCUUUAUUUGGUCUUGUACUACUUGUCUAUUCGUUCCUGUUCCUCUCCCACCUCGCACGAACCCUCGACGCCAAGUUCUGGCUUUACAAGUGAUUUGUCCUUUCUCUGCCCACCGAGCCAAAUCCCCUCCUCGACGUUUUUUUUCUUUUUUUUUUCUUUUUUCCGCGCGACCGGACGAACGAAGAGCUUAUCUUUCUUUCAUUCUUUUUUCUUUCUUUCUUUUUUUCUUUGAAAAUGUAUUUCUCUUUUUUCGUCUCUCUUUCUCCCUUCUUUUCUUUCUUUCUCUUUUCCUUUCUUUUUUCUCCAUUCCUUCUUUUCUUUCUUUGAAAAUUUAUUUCUCUUUUUUUGUCUGUCUUUCUCCUUUCCUUUCCUUUUCUUUCUUUCUUUCUUUCUUUCUUUCUUUCUUUCUUUCUUUCUUUGAAAAUGUAUUUCUCUUUUUUCGUCUGUCUUUCUCUUUUCCUUCCUUCCUUUCUUUCUCCCUUCCUUCCUUUCUUUCUUUGAAAAUUUAUUUAUCUUUUUUUUCGUCUGCCUUUCUUCUUUCCUUUUCUUUCUUUCUUUCUUUCUUUCUUUCUUUCUUUCUUUAUUUUUCCACCUUCUUUCCUUCUCUUGUGCAUGUAUUUUCUUCUUUUUCUUUUUUUUACUUUCAUAUUCUUUACAUCCUUUUCCUCUUCCCUACUCUUUCUGCUAUUCUUCUCCUUCUUUCUUUUUUUUCUUGUUUCUUUCUUUCAUUCUUUCUUUUCCUUCUUUUCUUUUGUUUUUUUUUUCUGUGUUACUUGGAUUUAUCUUCUUUUUUUAAGUUUUCCCUUCUUUCUUUCUUUCUUUCUUUCUUUCUUUCUUUCUUUCUUUCUUAA